AGCUUAAUUCCAUCAUGAUAGAACAUCCUUUGUGUGCUUUCAUUUCUUCUAAAUUUGUGGAGGUGUUUGUUUUGUUUUGCCCAGGCUAUCUUGGUAAAUGUUUCUUUUGCACUUGAAGAGAAUGUGUCUUUUGCUGUUGUUGAGUGGAGUUUCUAUAAAUGUCAUCAGGUCAAGUUCUUUGUUGUGUUCAAGUCUUUUAUAAAUUUGAUAGUUUUCCUAAUAAUUGCCCAGUUACAGUAAUUGUGGAUUUGUCUAUUUCUCCUUUCAGUUUUACAUCCUGACGGAUAACUCCGCAUAGACACGAAGGUACUAUGGCAGAGAGGAUAGAACGUCUGUGUGAAACUGGGAGAAACAUUUUAUCUCUUUAAAUUUACUCUAGAAUGCUGAGACAAAAUGGAAAUCACUACGUAUCCCAGCAGGCCUAGUGGACCGCAGGACAAACGCCAAUAAGGGAAUCCAGGCAUUAGGCCACUCCCCCUCCCUAGGUUGGCAAGGCAACUGAUCUCGAAGCCAGCCAAUCGCCAUGUUUCCUGAGAGACUGGGAGUUGCAGGUGCACUUCAGAAUCCAUGGACAAGGGAAGAAGAAUCUGCAUGGGGAUGGCUUGGCAAUCUGGUACACAAAGGAUCGGAUGCAGCCAGGCCCAGAAGAGGCGAUAUUCUCCAGGAGUCCAGCGGGUAUUCCCUUACAUCUCAGCCAUGGUGAACAAUGGCUCCCUCAGCUACGAUCAUGAGCGGGAUGGGCGGCCUACAGAGCUGGGGGGCUGUACAGCCAUUGUCCGCAAUCUGCAUUAUGACACCUUCCUUGUGAUUCGCUAUGUCAAGAGGCAUCUGACGAUAAUGAUGGACAUCGAUGGCAAGCAUGAGUGGAGGGACUGCAUUGAGGUGCCAGGGGUUCGUCUGCCCCGGGGCUACUACUUUGGUACCUCCUCCAUCACUGGAGAUCUCUCGGAUAAUCAUGAUGUCAUUUCCCUGAAGUUGUUUGAGCUGACAGUGGAGAGAACCCCAGAAGAGGAGAAACUGCAUCGAGAUGUGUUCCUGCCCUCAGUGGACAACAUGAAGCUGCCUGAGGUGACUGCCCCAUUGCCGCCCCUGAGUGGCCUGGCCCUCUUCCUCAUCGUCUUCUUCUCGCUGGUGUUUUCCGUAUUUGCCAUUGUCAUUGGUAUCAUACUCUACAACAAAUGGCAGGAACAGAGCCGAAAGCGUUUCUACUGAGCCGUCCUGCUACUGCCGCCCCUGUGGCUGUCACUAUGAGGUGUGGGAGGAGCAGGCACUGGCCUGAGCAUAUAGCCUGGCAGGCCUUCUCUAGUCUCCAACAGCUGGUCAGGGACUCUGUUCUGUCACUGGAACUUUGAAUGCAGGGACACUGCAUUACCAUGGUAAUCCAUGGGGACAUCUGACUCUGGUUCAGGAAGCCCACCUACCCCAGGGCAGUGCUGCUGUGACGUGCCUUUCCCUGCAGUCCUUCCACUUGGGAGCUAAGAGGAUAGAGAGAAUUUAUGCGGUUAUGGUACUCAAAUCACAGAAAAGAAUUUCAUAGCUCAGGCUGCCUUGUUGUUGGACUCAGAGGAUCCUUGUACUUCAUUUUUAAAUCUGCAAAGAAUACAACACUGAUAACUUCCCAGACCUUCAGGCUUCCAUUCAUUGCUUUUCAUCCAAGCCUCUGUCCACUUAAGGAACUUUCGUUAGAAAUCUGGAUGGAAACUUCUUCCCUGAGUUGCCUUCUCCCUCCGUUCAUCGCUCUCUCCAAAUGCAGCCUGAGCUGGAAGAGACAUCUGGAUGCUUGUCUUUUGGAGCCUGGGGCUGCAGAACAAACUGAGGUUUUGCUGACCCUCAUUAGGUGGCCAUGGGGAAAGGGCUUUUUGCUUUGGCUCACUGCUCUAGUGAUUGUUUUUUAGUGUGAAACUUGGCUCUCUUGGUUUGUGACUUUCCCAGUUGGUUUCUUUAGGCCCUCAGUCAGGUUUGACACACUUGGUGUGCAAGUCAAGAGAAACUUGGAAGACUUCAUGGAUGUAAUAGGAGUAACUGUGAAACUGCCCAGCUCCAUGUUUUGACACCAAAAGCAACAUUUGCCAUGUGGAGAUGUUUCUGGACUCUGGAGCCUGCAUGUUUUGUGUUUAUCAUGAUUUUUAGAAUCCCACUUUGAGUGUUCAAAAUGUAAGGAAGCUUUCUUUUUAUAGCCUCGGCUUGGAUACUCCCCAAAGAGGAAACUUGGCUUCUUCUUCUUAAUGGAUAAGAAACUAUUGCUGAACUCCUGUUGCAAAUCUGGGAGCAAUAGACCCUGGUCAUCUGUGCCUGGAAGAGUUCAUUGUCAUUAAGUGACAGAGGCUGAGUGUCAUCCACUGUGGGUCAAUCCUUGUUCCACUGCCUUAUCUGACAAGGGGUCAAGUGCUGCUCACCUGUCUGCCCUGUGGUUAAAUUGGCCAAUAGGCCAGUCUCCCUGGAGGGCCUGGAGCUCUGAGCCCUCCUAGCCAUGUACUUCUGUAGCCUAAGGGAAAUUCUUAAAAUGGCUGAUGGAAAUCAAA